AGCGUCAUUUUGCUCGCAGAGCGAUGCCGGGCAGCUGAGCCCACUGCUGCUCCUUGCGCGCCCCGUGCGCAGCAGAGGUGGGCCGCCAUGUCCGGGGAGGGCGCCAAGGCGCUGGAGAUGGUGCGGGCCUACGAGACGGGCAACGAUGUUCGCCAGAUCGUGGCCUGCUCCGAGGGCGGCCGGGCCUUCCGGCUGCUCAAGAGGCGGGAGGAGAACAAGACCCUCGUGCAGAACGAGAUGCAGAACAUCGAGAAUGAGACCAAGAAACGAAAGUUCGCCAGCAUCGACCAGAAGUUUGGCGGAUCCUCCGCCGAUGACCUGGAGGAGGAGUUCAAGCGGCAGACGGUCGGCUUGAUCUCCGUGGCGGAGUUCAAGGCCAAGCGCCAGGCGAUCGAUGAUCUCAUCGCUGGCGUGCAGGCGAAGGGCAAGGGCGACAAGCAUAUUCGCUUGCAGCGCAAGGUGAACGGAAACAAGCUUUCGUUCAAGGACCCGGACGCCGACAGCGACGAGGAGGGGGAGAAGGACGAGGCCGACUCUGCCUCGGACGAGGACGGCGAGAAGGCGUCGAGCUCGAGGCGGAAGGCCUUCGGCAAAGAUCCCUCGGUGAACACCUCCUUCCUGUACGA